UUCAGAUAUUCGAGAGGAGAUAUAUAGAGCGACGAGCAGAUCUUCUCUUACCACACAUCCAUUGACGCUGAGAUGAAGACCCAGAUAGAGACAUCUACGCUUUCGCUGCAGCUGCAAUAUUAUCAUUACGGUAGUAUUCCGAUCUCUCCGCCACACCAUCUCGCUCAUACAACACGAUGGAGAAAGACUACCACCUAUCCAAUUCCAAGACGGACGAGGCCGAACACCUAGAGUCCGCCGCGCCUCAAUUGCAACUUCACCAGAACAACACCGAUAAUGAGGCGUAUAAGAAUUAUCAUGGGGAGGGCAAGGUCAAGGAGGUCGCUAAUGCCGCACUAGCUAAAGCGCUCAGCGAAGAGACGAUCCCCAAGUUUAGCAGGGAGUCUUUGCAUCUCUACCUCAUGUGUUUCACCACCUUCUUAUGCGCGAUCGCGAAUGGAUACGAUGGGAGUUUGAUGACGGGUCUGAUCGCUAUGGAACAGUUUCAGAACGUCUUCCAUUCGGGAACUACUGGGUCGACGGUCUCGGUCAUCUUUUCGAUGUACACCGUAGGAUCUAUGGUCGCCGCACCCUUUGCUGCUAUCAUCUCGGACCGCUUCGGCAGGAGGAAAGGGAUGUUUGCAGGCGCUGCCGUGAUCAUCAUCGGAGCUGUCAUUGCGACCACGUCUAAACAUAUUGCUCAGAUCGUCGUGGCCAGGUUGAUUCUCGGAGCAGGAGUUCAGAUCUGUACCGUGUCGGCCCCGGCGUAUUGUAUCGAGGUGUCUCCCCCGCACAUGCGAGGGAAGAUGACGGGUAUCUACAACUGUGGCUACUUUGGAGGUGCCAUCCCAGCGGCCGCGAUCACUUUCGGCACGAGCUACAUUCAGAGCAACCUCGCCUGGCAACUCCCCUUGAUCUUCCAGUGUUUCGCGGCGAUCUUUGUCAUAAUCUUCGUCUUCUUCAUCCCGGACUCGCCUAGAUGGUUGAUGAGUCAGGGCAGGACUGAAGAGGCUCAUGCGUUCUUGGUCAAGUAUCACGGGAACAACAACCCUCAGUCGGCUUUGGUCAAGCUCGAGCUGGAAGAGAUGAUGGAAGGAAUCCGACAGGAUGGUAUCGAUAAGGUCUGGUGGGACUACCGACCACUCUUCUUGAGCCACAACGGAAGGUGGAGGAUGGCGCAAGUCUUGAUGAUCUCGAUCUUUGGUCAAUUCAGCGGGAACGGUUUGGGUUCUUUCAACACCGUCAUCUACAAUAACCUGGGCUACACGAAAGUAGCUACUCAGCUAGCUUUGAACCUGGCUAACAGUGUCUGCUCGGCUAUCGGUGCCGUCACCGCGGCAUUCUUGACGGACAGGAUGCCACGACGCAAGGUCCUCGUCCCGGGAACUUUCGCCUGUGCCGUCUUUCUGGCCAUCAAUGCCGGUCUAUCGGCUGCUCUUGCCAAGGAUACAACCAACGUCAAGUUGAGUCAAGGGGCGCUGGCCGCGUACUAUUUCUUCAACAUCAUCUUCAGUUUCACCUACACCCCGCUCCAGGGUGUUAUCCCGGCCGAGGCUUUGGAGACUACCAUGCGAGCUAAAGGUCUCGCGCUCUCGGGUGUGCUUGUCAGCGCUGUCGGCUUCAUCAAUCAAUUCGCCGGACCGAUCGCUCUCGGAAACAUCGGCUACAAGUACACCUACAUCUUUGUCGGGUGGGACUGUGUGGAGACCGCCGCUUGGUACUUCUUCGGAGUCGAAUCCCAAGGCAGAACCCUGGAGCAGCUCGAAUGGGUUUACAACCAGAAGAACCCCGUCAAGGCUUCCCUCAAGGCUGACAAGGUCGCGGUGGCGGCGGAUGGUCACAUCAUUGAAGAGUUGUAGGGGUGUACGACAAGAAAGGGCAGCCGGACAUUGUAUCGAGUCGUGUAUAGGAG